AUGCCACCAGGUGAUUACGCCUGUUGGCCCAAGAGGGAGAACAGGGUAGCAGCCGGGAUUGGGUGCUUACCUCUUGGCGUCACAAAGAUCAAUUUCAUCAGGGAUCCACGAUGGUCGGCUGCCAAAGCAUGGAAUUCUCACGGUUCCCAACCAAAGCUACGGAGCGAUCAAAUUUUCGAUUUACCAACUUCAGGAGAUGAAGAAAACGAUCCACGCGGUGUGGAGACAAAGACAUCAGCUCCCGUGUGCGCGGCGUCCGCCCGCCGACUCGCUCCCCUGCAGUCUCCGAAAAUUUUUAGAAGUGAGGCACAAGCCCAGGCUAGGAGGUCCAAAAAGCCGAACGGUGAAGAUGGUUCAGUGGGAGUGUUGGCAUCCCUCUUUGUUGUUGCAGCUCUGGCCGGGUGUGCAAAUGUUUUGAUUACAAAUCCUAUAUGGGUUAUUGUCACUCGUAUGCAGACUCAGAAACGAAAGAAAGGUCCGACAUCUUCAACAGAAAACGAUCUCACAGUAAAAGUUGAUGGUGGACUACCAAGUUCUGCUGUUACAAAUCCUAAUUUCAGUGGAUCUCCUACCAAAUCACAGCUUGGAGCUCGCGAUACAGUCAAGGAUUUGUACAAGGAGGCUGGGUUGCUUGGAUUUUGGAAAGGUGUUUUGCCCACUCUCAUCAUGGUCAGUAACCCGUCAAUACAAUUCAUGAUCUAUGAGACUUUACUGAAGAAACUUACAGAAAAGCGGCCUAGAAAUGAAAAUGGUUUGAAACCUUUAGCUGCAACUGAGGUCUUCUUACUUGGAGCGGUUGCGAAGCUUGGGGCAACUGUAGUGACAUAUCCUCUAUCGGUUGUGAAGUCACGACUCCAAGCAAAGCAGGAUGGUGGAGGCCAUGCUUCUCUACAGUACGCAGGGACAUUGGAUGCAAUCACAAAAAUGGUUCGCUUUGAGGGCCUGGCGGGCUUCUACAAGGGCAUGAGCACCAAGAUUGUACAAAGUGUGGUGGCAGCAGCCAUUCUUUUCAUGAUCAAAGAGGAGCUUGUGAAAGUAGCACGGACCGUAGUGGUCAUUAAUCAGCCAAAUUGUACAAGACUGACAAAUUCAAAACUGGAUUCUUAACCUAUAUCCAUCAAGUCUAGCUGACUCUUAGAUUCGACCUUAUUCAGCCUGUCAACCUCUCUCCACCCUCAGA